GAUAUCAAUGUUGAGAAUAUAUAAGCAUAGCUAUUUAAGUCGGGUUUUGCCACAGUGACGUAAUUUCUGGGAAGGCUGAUAUGACCUCAGACAGUAUCGGACAGACAGUAUUCUGUAAAGAUUACAGAACAUCAUCAACAACAACAUGUAUUACCUUGGUUGCCACUACGUAUAGAGUGACUGUUGUGCUUGGUCUCUGAUCAGACGAGGCGUUGUUUCGGAAUACAUCCAUCAGACAGGACGAUCUACAACAACGGGUGGACUACUGCUAUGGACCUCCUAACGCCCAAACCCGUGUCAUACAGCAACUGGAUCAUCCUGUCCUGGUUGCUCCUGCACCUGGGGCUCGUGUUGUGGCAGCUGCGUCAAGAGAGGGCGUUGUCCCGCGACACUGUUGAACUUGCCACCUUCGACAUCAUUGUGUCAACCUACGCCAUCUACCACAGCGGUUUGAGCAUUCUGAGGCUGUGCAUUGCCGGCGUCGGGGCGUUCGUUAAAAGAUAUGGCUUAAAGAAGGUUGUGUUAUAUUUGUGUUUUAUAUGUGGUUUGAGUUGUGUCAUCGUCUAUGGAUUAGACACUGGCUUCACGGCCAUGGUCAGUGUCCUGCAGCAGAAGCUAGUAGGAAGAAUCCGUGGCAGUGUUGUUGAGAUAGAUGAAAUCAGGCCUCCUAUUAACCAGCGACACAGAACCGAUUAUGCCCCAUUCAGUAUUGAAGAGCACACCAAAUAUCCCGGGGAAGACGUUGUGUUUGAGUGCCAUCAUCUACAGACGUAUGAAGGGGAAGUCGUUCCCUGGCCAGAUCAAGUAGUUUGGGAGAAAGAUGGCAAACCUCUGCACUCUUCAGACCAUAUAAACAUUACCUGGACCUUCGAGAAUGUCACUGAUGGCAAGGGUGAUAAUGAGCGCAAUCAGUACACAAUUGUCUCUAAACUGACAAUAAUAUUCAUCGACGAAACUGACUUUGGAAACUAUUCAUGCAAGGUGAAAGAGACUGCAAUAUCUAUUGUCUUCAGGAAACCAAAACCACCUAUGUGUCCCCUAGAAGAACCUCCUCCAUGCAUCUGUUUGUGUCUAUGUGAACCACCGCCGCCCCCAAAACCCAUUCUGCGAAUAACCGGAAGAAAACCUCCAAAAGAUCAUGAGUACGAAACUGUGAUGCUUUUCAGCCUUGUCCAGAUGAAAGCGCUUACCCGUAAUGUCUACGCCCCGCCUGGUGGCUUGGUGGCCUUUACUGCCACAUACGACAACCUAGGAGACAUAGACGAUGUAUCAUUUCACUACACAAUUGGUGGGGAUCCAUUCGACAUCGUUUGUGGAAACAUAUUUACAGGCUGUUCCAUAACAGUGUUGCUGUACUGGGAGUUCUGGCAUAAUGGAGGUCACAAUGAUCUAUUUUUCACAAGAUCAGGAAGUCUUCGCAUGCGAAACUCAGUUACGGGCACAGGAUGGCAAUGUGUCUGUAAGAACACAUACCACUAUCACGAGUUCUCGUUUUUUCGAACAAUCUACAACGCUUCAUCACGACGAGAGGAGAUAAGGGAAGUGAAAUAUCCACACACAAUCCUUCUGCAUCCAAGAACGCCUGACCUCUUCUUCUACAACUUCACAAACAUCCCGGACCCAAUUGCCAAAGAGCCGUGUUGGAUUAGACCAAAGAAACAGCUACUGCAUGAUUACUGCGAAAACGACGAGGCUGGCCUUGACUGGAUAAUGUGGUUCUUAACUACAUUUGAGGGACCAAUAAUGAUUUCAAUAUUUCUUGUGUUCGUCGGUAUUGCUAUGCUUACAGCCAAGCUCACGACAACCUGCCUUGUGAUUCCAGUGAGAAAUAAGAUAUUAGAAGGAUCGUUUUAUCCAUGUAAGAGAUGUGUGAAAACCGCGGAAACCCUCGGUUGUUUUAACAAGGAAGACAGUGAAGCCCCGAAGUAUGACGUGUUUGUAGCCCAUCCGGAGACUGAGGAGGCUGCUGGUCGUCAGUUGACGACCAUCUUGGAAUCUGCAGGAAACAAGGUCUUCGUACCAUGUCGGGACAUACUGAUAGGCCAGCUCAAAAUGCCCACAAGUGUGAAUGCCAUCAAUACAAGCAGACUCUUUCUUGUCAUACUGACACAGGAAUACAUACAAAAUGGCUUCAACAAUCGGUUUGAAUUGCAGCACAUUAUCCACGCAGCUUCGAGAACAGAACGCCUGAGUAAAAGGUUGUUGAUAAUAAAUUGCGAUGAUUCUUUUGUGCCAGAACCGUUCGAGGAAUGUCCCAUGAUUGACUGGAAGAAAAAUGACAGACUUGACGAAAACACACGGAGGUUGAGAAAUUGGUCAAAAGGAACACCCUGUUUUUGUGACAUUGAGAGUUCGUGUGUCGUGUCAUGAAUGUUGAUGCCUUGCGAGUAUGGUUACCAUGACUACCAGUGUGUAUCCUCGCUCUCUUUCAGGAUACAUAUUCUGUGCGUUUUUAUGUGGCGUCUCCAAACAUUACCUCAUCCACAGAAAUACUGUAAUGGAAUAUAUAUGCGACACCAGGAAAAUAGACAAAUUAGCCUGACUAAUUAUUGUAUCUUGUAGACUGAAGUCACUUGGAUGAGGAACAUUUGAGCUUUGAAAUCCCUGUAUACAUUUAUUGUUGUAAUUGAUUACAACGAAACACAUACAUGUACCAAUGUACCAAAGUCAGUAGCAUUGGAUACGUUUGCACCACCAGUCAUUUCCCCGACCAAGUUAAAAGCUUGGGAGUAAUGUUUAUAGCUAAGUGUUGAAGACUGACAUUUAUUAAAUGAUAUUUUCACAGCGUUGACAGACAUUUAUGUGUAGAUAUCACUUGGCCAGGAACUACUUCCUGUGGACAGCAAGCCUGGGCAUCGGAUGACCAACCUCAAGCGAAGAAAACUCGCACGGAUCAGCUGAUCGAAGAGUCAUUCAGUGCACCCACUAUAAGCGAGUUAGACUGACAGUGACUGUAUCUAGCUGUGUUGUGUCGUAUCCACGUCUCGCUUCGUGCAAGAUUACCUCUGUUCAAAACGCUUGAGUUACGUGCUGGCAACCGUUUAAAACUGUCAUUUUAUGUACAAAUAGUUUUAUUUCGCUUGAUUGGCGUCGAUCAUUACCUGUAUUUAUGUUUAUUGUAAAUAGUUAAUUUUUACUCAAUCGCACUCUUCCCUUUCUCUUGGAGUUAUUGACGAUUACGCUAAGACUAAAAUCGUCGUUUGAUAGAUAUAUUUGAAGGUGUGAUCUUAUUCAAACAACGACAAUAAAUAUAACAUUAACAACUGAUACA